AAAAAAAAAAAAAACCCACACAAAAUCCUUCUUGCUUUAAUUUAACAAAAAGAAACUUCCAGUUGAUUACUGAUAAAGAAAUUAGAAACCUGUUCCCUGUGAACGUGAUGUGACAGUGUUCAGAAUGGACAAUGUGUUAAGCCAUAGUCAAGUGCUCCUGUAACAUAAACCAAAGGGGUGUGGGGUCUCCAAUAAGCCUGCACAUCAGACAAUAUCAUAUCCCAAAACAGUGCCAUAUAUCAUGGGAUUUACAGCCAGGAUUUCCUUUUGUCUGCAAAACGUGUUGCCAAUCUGUCUUUAGCCUCUUCUUGUAAGAGAAGGUAGAAUUUAAGACAUUUAAAAUUCAGACCAAGAUCAGUAGCAAGCUAAGGAUUUCAUUGCUGGUAUGGUUAUAAUUGGGGAAAAAAACCCACAAAAAAAACACAAGCCAUGGUUGAGUCUGAUAAACAAGAUCACAAUAGAAAUUGUUCUUUAUGGACUAUGCACAGAGAUGUCAUAUUUAAAUAAACGGCUGUUUUCCCGGAGUUACAAUUGUACAACCAGCUACAUACCAUAAAUAAGUUAUAUUUGGCAGGACCAUCAUAGAAAUUAAAAACAGUGUUUUUCCCCAAAGAUUCCUAUUUAAUUCCAUGUGAAUUCCAAAUAUGGACUUUCCAGCGAUGUCCAAGGUUUUGUGAGACUAUCAACUAACUUGUCACAAACCUUUUAGUUUAUAGCCUAGGCCAUAGCAAACAUUCAAUAAAUAUUAGAUGUUACCACUGUCUGCAGUGGCCUGUGAGUCGGGAAGGCAGGAACUUACUAUGUAUGUAAGUUUAUAGAAUAUUAUAGAACAUGUAUUAAUGUCCUAACAAAGAAAACAUGGACCUUUUAUAGAAUGCAAAAUCCACUUCAUGUAUGUAGUUCCUAGUAUAUAAAAAAAAUGAGGUGGCUGGUCUUGUGUGCUUGACAUGGAGUGUUGACAGUAUGGAUUCCACUGGGCUUUUUUACUCGGCAUACUACUUUUCUCUGGCGAUACCAGUGAAUGGUUUUGUUGUCAAUUAUUUUACUUUCCCGAACAUAGGAUAUAAAUUUAAACGAUAUCCUCACCUUCUCAUUUCAAUUUCGAUUUAAAUUCUGCAAAUGAACAUUUAAUAUUUGUCAAAACACAUUAUCCAAGAGAAUCUAUUAUAAUUGAGCCAGGGUAUUAUUUACAUCUGUGUUAGUCUCAAGAUGCAAACCGCGGUAAGCACACCUCAGCUCCCUAAGCGCUUUGGGGGAACCCCAAAAUAAUUUCUGUUCAACUAGAAGCCACAGAGGUCCUGUUUCUAAGUCCCUGUUGGAAAUGCGAAAUCAGCUUCCCUGUUUAUGUUGAUAAAAGUGCUUUUUGUCUUAUGUAUUUUUAUUUCAAAAACAUUUCAUCUGGGCUCGUCGGAUACUUAUUUAAAUUGACAUACUCAACCAAACUUCAGAGCAGCAAAAAGAACACAAAAAUCUCACCUUCCCAAAGAAUUGCACAAAGCUUUUUUUCUCUCACAUGACUGAUGUUCGAGAGAGCAGGUAAUCUGUGUUAAACAAGUGAUUGACAUGCUAGCCCCCGGGUGUUUUCUUAAGAGGAACUGUGGCGAAAACACAGUUCUGCUCGCAGCCACUUUCCCCCAAGUGGACAACAUUCCUGCAGAGGCUGACAAGGCCUGAGGGAGUAAGUUCUUGCUCUCCUCACUCUCUCCCGAUUCCGCGAUGCAGGGGAAAAUCCCCCUGGCUGGAGGGGUUUCUGUUUCCUCGCAAUCAGGGGUUUGUCCUUCAGCUGAACUUUCACCUUCCGAACUCGCCUUCUUUCAUUGGACAAAGUGCAGAAAGAAAGGGGAGAGACCGAGGGAGGACCCAAGAGCAGGCGCGGGGCUGGAACGCCGCCCCUGCCGCCCUCCGCUCCAACUGUCACCCAGGCGAAGCACUUUCACUUUUAACUGGAGGAAACUCCAUCCCCGCCUGUCCUUUCCCCUCCUGGAUUUUUUAGCUCAGAGCUGAGCGAAUUGCCCUGGCAUUCCCCUCUGCGUCCCUAGUUGCUGACACUCCUCCUUUCCAUUUCCCUGGUUCUGAAUGGGUCCCUCUCCCCCUCUUCUGAGGGGACCCCCCUGCCCCAGGCCCCUCUUUUUCCAGCUCUUUCAUCCAGUCUCCCUUUGCCUGGAAACUGUUGUGGCGUUCCGUCCCGGGUUUGGGGGCUCUGCCUCCCUCUCUUCUUCCCCUCCCCAGGUCCCUCACUUGGCAAUUGCAAUUUUUUUUUUUUUUCCUUCUGCGAGCCCUGUUGUUUACCCAGCAGGUGGAUGUGACGUCAGGGACGCACAACAGCAAAAAAUAACAACAUCUCCCUCCGCGACGCGAUGGCCUCUCGCGCGCGCCUUAUUUAUUUAUUUGUUCCGGGCUGUGGGGGGGGAGGGGGCAGGCGACCCAAGGGCGCCGUAUGGAGGUGUGGGUGGCUCUCGGGGGGUCGCGGGGGUCUCGAGAGUGCGUGUGGCGGGGCUUGGGCCCAGCGUGGGACUGGGGCGGGUUGGGGGCGCCUCGCGGCUGCAACGCUGGCGCGGCUCGGGAACGAGUCCCAAGCGGAGGAAUCUAUUGUUAUUUAUUGUGUGGCAGCUGCACGCUGUGCUCGCGGCCCGGCCCUCGCCCGCGAGUGCGUGUGUGUGUGCGCGCGUGUGCGCGGCUGAGUGUGUGAGCGGGGGGCGCGCGCGGGCGGGAGUGGGCGCGCGCGGGGAAAGGCCCCGAAAACACCUUAGUUUGCACCGAGAGACCAUUUGCCGCGGACCCAGAAAGUUUGCCCCAGGAGGACGGCGCACGGCGGGCGAACGAACGGGAGAGGGGCAGCGGCGGCGGCGCGGAGAAGCGUGGAGCUGCCGGCGCCUCCUCCCUGGACUCGGUGGUGUCCCAGAAGCUUCUGCUGACAAUCCCAGUUUCCAAGGGAACCCUUUCGGCCAUGGUGAGGGCUGCGCUCCGCUCCCUUCUCUGACUUGCCUUCAGCCAUGAACGGAUGGGUGU